GUGUUAAUAACUCACGCUUUGGGGAAGGCAUAGCGUAGCCCGGUGAUGGAUAAUUGGUGAGAUGUAGGGUGCGUUAUCCAAGUCGAACCGAAUCGAGACUUUACAGAAACCUCCGUGCAAUCCUGAAAGUACCUCUGUUGUUUUUGUUACUGCUUAAAUGUUUGGCAAGGUGAGAGAUUCCUUUUGAAACACCGGUAGCCUUUUGUAUUAUAUUGAAUCUGGCAAAACAGGAACGUAUGCAGUGACUGUCACACAAGUUCCACAAGGAUAAUGGACCCUAAGGUGCGAGAAAGUGAAGGAUUUGGAGAGGACUAUUCAGGAAAGAAAAAAUCAAAGUUCAAAUCUUUCAAGAAGCUUUUUGGUAAAAAGAAAAGGAAAGAGACAUUGUCAUCUUCUGGGAGCAGCAGUCUGAAGCUAUUCCAGUCAACAAGUGAUGUCACGGCCUCACAAGGCACGCGUGUUGGUUAUGAUUCUGAAGAUGAACUUGAUUUGUUGUAUUAUUCUAGGACCCACAAAGGCAUUAUGGGAAGCAGAGCUUUGUCACAUGAUAGCAUUUUCAUCCCUGAGACUGGGCAAGAGCCUGCAAGGCCAGUAAGAGUGUUUUCUCAGGAGAACAUUUCUGAUCGAAUUAGAGCUUUACAGUUGAAACUACAGCACAACAUGAAAUUGGGACCUCCACCUCCCUUUGGACUUCAUGCAAAGCGCUCAGAGGACGCUGGGACCAGUUCUGAAGACGAUGGAUUACCCAGGAGUCCUCCAGAAACAUCUUUGCUUCAAGAAACCCUAAAUUCAGGCAUGACAAGAUUCUCUGACUCUCACAAGCACCUUAGCUCUUUGAGUUUAGCUGGAACAGGCAGUGAAGAAGAAGAACAGGUCACACUGGGUCCUUCUUCUAGACCUCACUCUACAGCUAGCCAGCUGUUCCCUAGGCAUGCAAGUGCUAAAACUGGAGGUCCCCGGAUAUCUGACAGCAGCAUCUCGCCUGCAGCCAAUUUUGACACUCCACCUGAGCUCUCCUCUUGCUUGGAUAAUUCUGCCGCUAGACAUAAACUUUUAAUAAAACCCCGGAAUCAGAGAUCCAGUAAAAUGAGAAGAUUUUCUCAGAGGACCCAGUCUGAAUCUCUGACUGAUUUGAGCUGUACACCAGAAGAAGAAGAGGAUGAUGACAAAGAGAUGCAGACAGACUUGCCAGAUGCGCUAUUGAAAACCAGUGAGCAAGAACUGCCAUGCAGCACAGCUGCAGCGCAGGAUGUGGCUUCCUGGCAGAAGCCCAGAAUGCCUGAGGACCUUCCCCCUGUUUUGAGACCAGCGAUGACUCAGUCUGCUUCUGAGUCUGCUGCUGCACAGGAAGCCCUGCUACCAGAGAAUAAACCAGAGGGCUGCCAACCAACGCAGGAAACAGUAUGCACAAAGCCUGAGUCCUCAUUGCUGCUAGAAGGUGAAGACUAUGCGACUUCUCCCUACUCCAGUCUAGACAGAGAAAUACAAAAGCAAAAAGAUUCCUCAGAAACACUGGCUCUGUUGUCUGGGGAUGAGUGUGAUGCGUCUGUCAAUACUUUAAAUCAAGAACAUAAGGAGCUUCCUAGUGUAUCUUCAGUAUGUAACAUACCAUUUGAAGAAGAUAUUUCACUUAAUAAGCAUAGUCUUGUUUGUUUGGACGGUUCAGAAGAAAAUAUACAGGAUCACCAGAUACUUGUGGAAAUGUCCUGCAAUAAAGAGGCAAAGAAAGAGGUUGCUGUAUUGUCAGAGUCUGUCCAGCAGUUUCCCAUAGGUUCUUUUCAGCACGUGGACUCAUUUGUUGUCCCUUCUCAUAUUCCACAUCCUACUUCAACACAGAUGGGAUCAUCUACUUCCCGGGCUCUAGGGAAAACAAAGACUACAGAAGAGGCAGCUCCUUCUGAUAAGGAGAACUGUCAGUUGCUGGCCCACAAGCAGGCAAUUUUGGGGAAGAAAGCAGAAAAAGCAGCCAGCGAGCUCAAUGCCUUGAGAAAGUUUUCUGUGUCCUCUGCACGAGAAAGGCCAAGGACCAGAAGCCUACACUUUCCAGAAAGCUCAGAGUGUGAAAGUCCAUUAAAUACCAGGUUCUUCCUGUCCAAAGUAAAAGUGUCCUUGAGAAAUGAGAGGUGGAAAGAUUUGCAGGCAGGAUCAGAUCUGGAGGAUGGAAAAAGUUACAACAGAAAACAGACUUUGCUGCCAGAGUCCAGCUGUGAGAUCAUAGGCCAAUCUAUGGAAAUGUUGCCUGGCUGUGUUUCUCAGACUGUUGAUGCAGGUCCUGUCCCAAGUGAUUCUUCUGUGGUAUCUCAGAGUCAGCCAAGCUGUGAAGAUAAAAAUCCUUUUCAAGUAAAACUUAGAUCCACCUCACUGUCCUUGAAAUAUGGAGACAACUCUUCACAAGAAUCAAAAGAGAUUAAAAGAUACAGUGCAGAGUUUAAUUUAGAAGGUGAGGGAUUGACCUCAUUUCUAAAAGGUGAAAAGGCACAGAUCAAAAAGACAGACGAUACAAAUAUUGGUGGUUCUUUAAACCGUAACAUCAAAUCCAAAGCAAAGUCCUUUGAACAGCUUAGUGGCAAACCUCCGUUGCCUAAGAAGCCUGUCUUGCAAAACCUAACUCUUCUAAAUACCAAUGCAAACAGGGAGAAACAGGACAAAGUUAUUCAGUCUUCUGAAUCCAGAAAUGAAGAUAGAGACUUGGAGAAAAAGUCAAGUCCUUGUAAAGUGCCUGAGCGAAGCGUGCCUUCCCCAGUGAUUACUGGAGACUCCGGAAGAGAACCUGACAGUCCCGCAGAGCCAGCCUGGAUUACCAUAGCAAGACAAAAGCAGAGAGGCACGCAACAGGAGCAGGAACUUAAUAGAGAAAAACUUGUGACUCCGGAUGUUAAGUCAGAUACAGAAAAACACAGUAAAGAAAAGGAAAGAACAGAGGGGUCAGUGAAGCAGCACUGGAACAAACCUUCACAUGUGGCACCUAAAAGCUCUUCUGAAGAACAGAGGAAAGAGACAAAGUCUGAAAUGAAAGAGCUGCUGCCGAGAACCAACUCACUGUCUCAUUUUGUCCCCGUAGCUCAGUCGCCAGCACUGGUGGAUAAAGAAGGAAUAAGCUACUUUAAGAAAGCCAGUAAUGCUGCUGCAGAUCAGCCAUCAUGGAUGGAACUCGCCAAAAAGAAAUCACAAGCUUGGAGUGAUAUGCCACAGAUUAUAAAAUAGAAUGGCACAGAUGAACAGCAUCUUUAUAAUUAUGUCAGCUACUCAGUUUGAACUUCUACAGACCAGAUAAUCACAAUGAAGAAUCUCUGAUGCAGGAGAAGGGUUUUAUUACACAGCUGUGGAGAAAGUGUGCAAUAGGUGCAGUCAAAAAGUUUACCUUAAACUUUGUAGCAAUCAGGAUUGCAAUGGCAAUGCAUUACUUAAAUUAUGCUGAGGACAUACUUAGACUUUGCAAAAUAGAAAUUCUGCCUUCUGUAUUUCCUGUGUUUUCUGCUUUUAAUGACAUUUGCAUCAAAACAGUAUCUUUGCUGAGCUUUUGUUGUUGCUACAAACUUCUAUUUGUUAAUUUUUUCCCUGUUUAUAAACUAUGCACUAACAUCAUGAUUUUGUUAAUAUGUUUCACUGGAAUUGCCUGACACUCUUUUUAGCAAAGUUGUUUGGACUAGAGAGGUGUUUGCAAAUAGCCACUAGUGAGUACUCCAUUAAAGUGUGUUGCUUGAGGUGAGUGCUUGUCUAGCUGAGUCAAGCUAGCCCAGUUUCUGGUUUUAGGUUACAUUUCAUGAGGCACAAAUAUGCACAUAUGCAUGUUCAUACAUAAAUAUUCCUUAGCUUUUUCUGUGAGCAAACUUGGUUCCACAAUGUUUGCAAGAUGAACAGUGAGGAAAUUGAAGUGAAACUGGAAUCUCAUUAAUGCAGCCACUGAUACUUUUCUCCCCAAAUUUCUCUAAUGACUACUAUUUUUUCUUUUAUGUGAAAUCAUCAUUCUCAUUUAGGAGCAUAAUAUUAGUAGCAAUAGACAAUUUAUGAAUUCAGUUACAAAAUAAGAACUGGAAAGUCUUGAGACAAACUGAAAUGCUGGAAAACUGUGAACUUCACUCUUAAGAGUGUCAACUCCAAAUAUCACCUCCUACACAAUCUUAAUUAUUCUCAUUUAAAAAAAAAGGAAAGCAUCACUGUACUUUACUACAUUUAUGUAAUAUUCUCAUGCCCAUCAGACUGAGUUUCCAGCACCAGUCUGGGACUCCUGCUCUUCUAGGCUCUUCACCUUCACCUGUUUAACACCAUUGACAAGAGAAAUAAUUGCUGCUGAUUGACCAAAAUGACUGAAUAGGUUGUAACAUCUUCCAGUGAGCUAUGCAAUUGCAUUUACGGAAGCUAGCAACAAACCCUGUUGGGGAAUUGCUUUAAAACUAAUGCCCCACUGCUAAGACAACUUCUCACUCUGUGUGUGUGUGUGUGUGUGU